CUAGGUUGGCAAGGGUGGCCAACUUGGAUGGAUUGGUUGGGAAGGGACAAAUGUCAAAGUUGGGGUUCCUAUAGGGAGGGAAUCUUUGUGCUUAUGGGGUUUUCUUGGUUGGGGACUCUCUUGGGACCUUCCCUCUCAUCCCUCUCUUCUAUCCCAACCUUUCUCUUGCUCCUCUAAUUCCUUCUUACCCCCUAAUGCGUCGAAAGCCAUAGCGUCGCGAAUACUUCAUCAAUCAACGUGAUUCAAAUUGGGAACGGUAGCUGAAAUUAAGAGCUACAACAUAUCCAAGUUUCGCGACAUUCCAACGGCUGGUUUUUUGUCGACGUCGUUUUUUGUGAAGACGACUUUUCUGUCCAGAAUUUCGGAUUUAUAUUUUGAGUAAUUAUAGCUCCUAAGUUCACCUAGACUCCGUCCUUAAUCCUAACAAGUGGUAUCAGAGCGAUAUUAAGGACAUUGAGAGGAGUCUACAGAAGUGUGAAGACCCUUCUAGACCCACCAUGGCCUGUGGGUGUGCCUAAGUGGUGUUCUAAAGGUUGAAUGUGUCUUCCGCUAAGGGAAACUCUGCCGAAAUUUCGUGGACGCCGAUACUUGUGAAAAUAUCGAGGGAGCUGAGUGUGGACAGCAAAGGGGGGCUGAAAUUCAUCAUUUCUCAAGGAGAAGAUGAAUGAGAGAGGAGGAGAUGCUAAUGGAAGAGGAGCUGUAGCUGAGAAGGCAAGUGAGCCGCCGCCAUCAAAAGUUGAAGCUUUGGAUGGCUCCAACUAUGAGGAAUGGAGCGGACGGAUGAGGAGUGCCUUCAAACGCUACAAGCUACUGAAGAUUGCUGUUGGGGAAGAGAAGAUGCCGGAAGAAGGCGAAGCACGUGAACGGUGGAUUGAGAAAAGCGCAGUGCUUUUCGACCUCAUCCUUCAAUCGGUCAACAAGGAGAUGUUCGAGCACAUCAAGGAUCUUGUGGAAGCGGAUGAUUCGGGUCCAAGGGCGUGGAAACUACUACGCGAUGUGAUUCUGCCCAACACUCUCCCGAUGGUGAUCGUGCUCGAGAAGGAACUUGCUGCCAUCUCCAUGCGACCAGGGGACGAUGUGAAGCCGGGCGCGGCAGAGGAAGAGGGGGUUGGAGAGGCCGAGGCCGUGGUAGAAGCUUUGGCAGAGGUAGAGGCCGAGGUGACUAUAAUGAGGGGCAUGGGAGCUCCAGUGGCAGGGGGAGUACCAGAAUGGAGGGCACCUGCUGGUACUGCAAGAAGGUCGGGCAUCCUUGGUUCAAGUGCUUCAGCAGGCCGGAGGGAUGGGCACAAACAGGCAUGAAGCCGCCAAGUGGUGAACGCGCACAAGGU